AUGGAGCUUCCGCCCGAUGCCCGGCGGGGCAACAGCCGCGCGGCUGCCGUGAGCCCCUUGGUGCUGCGCGAAAUCGUCGCCGUGCGACGCGCGCAUCCGGAGCUGGCGAACGAGCACAUCGCGACGGCCGUCAAUGCGCAGUACGGCACGCGCCUCGGCAGCAGCGACAUCGCGCGGCUCAACCGGAAGGCCACCGCCGAAAGCAGCGUAGGGAAGAACAAGUUCGUUCGUUAUAAGAACGCGGAGCUUGAAGCGGAGUUAGCGCGCUGGACGCGCGAGAGGCGGCUUCGUCUCGAAGCGUCGCGGGCAGCGCGGGGGAAGGCGGAGGUCCCGAGGUCGAGCAUCGUGAGCCUCUUGCAGAAGUACGCGCGGCGCGUCGCAGAGCGGUUCGGCGUGCCUCCUCUGUUCGAGUUCGAGCGCUGGUGGUGCUGCGAAGUGCUGCGCGACGCGGGUCUCGACGAGUUCGGUCACGAAGUGGGCACGCGCGCGGGGGAAGAGGGGGGAACGCGCGACACGCAGGGGGAGAAGCAGGACGACCGCGUCGCACGCGAAAACGGAGAGGCGCCGGACUCUGCUAGUGCUGGCGAAGGAUGCUUAGGCGGCGCGGCGGGCGAGCUGAGUGCGGGCAGAGAUGGCGGGGGCGAUGAGGGCGGAGAGGGCGACGAGGCGCAGGUACCUGCUGGCGCACCGUCGUGGGCGCGGGGCAGCGCCGCGGCCGUGCGCUCCAUCGGCGGAAGCAGCAGCACGACCAACGGCGGGUCGGGCGCAGCGGUGAGUGCGGUAGCAGCGCGCGUGCGGUACGAGGUGGCGAUGGUGGCGUGCGUGCGGCCGUUCCUGAGCCCCAAGAUGGUGGCGGCCGCCGUGCACGCGCGCUACGGGCUGUGGCUCAUCCCCAAACACGUCCGCCUCAUCGCGCAGGAGAGCCGCCGCUGGGUGCGCGCGGACGCGGGGGGGAGCGCGCCAGGCGCGGCGGACGCGGAGGAGAGCGCGCUGGAGGAGGCAGUGGCGCUGUGGGUGGUGGUGGAGGAGGAGGGCGCGGGGCGCGCUGUGAGCCGCGCACAGCUGGUGGGCAAGGCAAGGGAGCUGGCACGGGGGUGCGGCAUGGAGGAGGGGCGGUGCAACGAGGCAUGGGGCGUGGUGGUGGAGCGGCAGCUGCCAGGCGUCACGCUGAGCCGCAUCAGAGCCAUCUGCCUCGCCGCCCUCGCGCGCCCCCACCUGCCCCACGCUCACCUGCUGCACGCCAUUGCGCAGGCGUGGGGGCUGGCGCUCUCCCCCCUUGACCUGCGCGCCAUCCUCGCCCAGACCACCAGGUGUGCCCUUCGCCCCCCCCACCACCCUGCACGCCAUUGCCCAAGCCUGGGACUGGCGCUCUCUCCCCAUGGUCUGCUCGCCCUCGUUGCCCACACCACACCUCCAGAUGAAACACGUGAAGCAGAUGAAACGCAUGGAGCAGAUGAAACGUGUGGAGCAAUUGAAACGCGUGGAGCAGAUGAAACGCAUGGAGCAGAUGGUUUAAGGAUUGCACAUAGAGGGGAAGUGAGAGGAGAAGUUGCAGGAGAAACGAGAGAGGUGGGAAUUGAUAGAAGUAGACAAUUCGAGAGAGGACAUGAGCGAGAUGAGAACGAGGGAGGGCAGCAGGGAGAGGAGGCAAUGGGUGGCGAGUUGCUAUGUGCAAAGGAUGGGGGGGCAGCGGUAGGCAUGCCAGCAGCAGCACUGGUGGUGGCGGCGGUGCGGAGGGCGCUGUGUGAGUGGGUGGCGGAGGGGGUGGUGGCGCGGCGUGCGGAUGAGGAGGAGGCGCGGGAGCAGGCGGUGGUGGUGGGCGCCGUGCAGGCCACGUGGGGCGUGCACGUGGGCGAGGAGGACCUGGCGCUGCUGUGGCAGCAGCGCGGCGAGCUGCUGGGCCACGGGUGGCAGGCGCGCAUCACAGCACGGCUCGCAGGUGCUGUGCAGCCCACGCACGGUGGGGAGGGGAGGAGGGCGGAGGUGGGCGGGGAGAAGGUGGAGGUGAAGGCUGGGGGGCAGGUGGGGCAAGAGAAGGGGCAGGUGGGGCAGGGGAAGGGGCAGGUGGGGCAGGAGAAGGGGCAGGUGGGGCAGGAGAAGGGGCAGGUGGGGCAUGAGAAGGAGCAGGUGGGGCAGGAGAAGGGGCAGGUGGGGCAGGAGAAGGGGCAGGUGGGGCAGGAGAAGGAGCAGGUGGGGCAGGAGAAGGAGCAGAUGGGGCAGGAGAAGGGCGUGCAUGGUGACCCCAGCGCUGUGCUUUUGCAGUGGGUGGCGUGGCGGGACGUGCGUGCACUGCUGCACGCACUGGACGGGCCACAGUGGCACGGCAUGCUGCUGGCACGCGUGGCAUUCCAUGUGCGCCAGGGUGCAUGCAGGAGCGGGCAGGACCACUGCAAGGUGCAUGGGGUGGCGGGAGGUGCAUGCAGGGACGGGCAGGGCCAGCACACGGUGCAUGCGGUGGCGCAAGGUGCGUGUGGUGGCGGUGGAGGGAACGGGAAGAGGAGGCGCGAGCAGGAGGGAACGUGGGUGCGAUGCACGCGGCGAGAUCGCAGUUGGACUGCUGAUGCUGCUGGUGGCGGUGAUGGUGGUGAUGCUGGUUAUAACGAUGAAAACGAUGAUGAUGGUGGUGAUGAUGAUGGUGGAGGUGGCAUGGGAGUAUGGGCACACACCCAGCAGCCAGUGGGUGCUGGAGGGGACCCUGCAGGGAGGCAGUGCAACGCAGCGCCUGCCUGGAAGGCACGGGCCGUUGCUCCCCGCCCCACCCCUCCCACAGGAGGCGCAGCGCCGGCAGCAGUGGGAGCAGCAGCGACAGUGAGGGUGGGGGCGAGGGGAGACCCGCAUGGGCAGAGCACAGCAAGGGGCGUUGCAGCUGACCCAGCACCUCAUGCAACCACUCGCAGCACAGGGGGGCUCUCAGCCCAGUCCCGCACAGCCAUGCCACCCAGGGUCCUAUCCACCCACCUCCUACCAACCCACCUAUCAACCCACCUCGUACCAACGCACCUCGAAUCAGCCCAAUUCUAA